UUGGUGGUCAUUUGCAAGUUGCGUUGCCGCAUCAUUCCUUGAGAAUCCGAGGCGAUCAAGAAGAACAUGUCGUGGGCCAAGCACAAGAAGAUCCUGGCGAUGGCCAAGGGCUACCGCGGUGCCGCCAACUCGUGCUACCGAACGGCCAUCAACCGCGUGGAAAAGGGUCUGCAGUACCAGUACCGUGACCGAAAGCAAAAAAAGCGUGACUUUCGCUCGUUGUGGAUUGAAAAGAUUAACGCCGGAGCACGUCAAGAAGGCAUGUCGUACUCCAAGUUCAUGGGGGUCCUGAACACGUCCGACAUUCAGUUGAACCGCAAGGUCCUGGCCGACAUCGCGGCAACCGAACCGUUUAGCUUUAAAUCCAUCAUGGAAGUUGUCAAGCAGCUCAAGUAGACCACCCCGCCGCACAGAAAACAAACAGGCUAAUUCCAUCCCAACCCGAAUGUUAUAUUAUCACCAUCGUCG